UGAGAGCAGCUUACCGAUUACAUAAUUGGCCGAUCAGCUGUUUGCAAUUUGGAGUAGUUGUAAAGCUUGUACCGGUACUCUCACAAAGGACGCAGUCACAGAAAGUCAGAUGUUGCCAAAGUUUGCUCCCAUCAACAUUCCUCUCCAUCGGCGUUUGGAGACGGGAGCUGUUCUAAUAUGGUGGUACAUCUUUAUGUGGAUUAGAAUGACAGUUCAACUAUUUCUCAUAGUUCUACUCUUUACAAGAUAUUUCUGGGUGUCUUUUGUCCUGAUGGGUUGGGCCUACUAUGACAGACACACCUCAAAGAGAGGGGGUCGCCGUAGCGACUUCAUGCGCCGUGGCCGCAUCUGGAAGAAAAUGGCCGACUACUUCCCGGCUCAUCUGGUGAAGACCGCAGAGCUGGAUCCGAACCGGAACUUCAUCUUCGGAGUGCAUCCCCAUGGCAUCAUGAGCGUUGGUGCCUUCAUCAACUUUGCAACGGAAGCGACGUUCUUCAGCGAGGUCUUUCCUGGGAUAAAGCCCCAUCUUUGCACCCUCUCUGUCAUGUACACAUAUCCACUCGCAAGGGAUUUGAUGAUGGCUGGGGGUAUGUGUGAUGUCAACAAAGAGAGCAUAGACUACCUUUUAGGCCAGUCAGGACCGGGGAAUGCGGCCGCCAUCGUGGUAGGCGGGGCGGGCGAGUCUCUUGAAGCUCGGCCGGACAAUCAUGUGGUCUGCUUGAGAGAAAGGAAGGGAUUCAUCAAAAAGGCUCUUCAGCAUGGGGCGCAUCUUGUUCCUUGCUACACAUUUGGUGAGAACGAACUAUACCACCAGUUUCCAAACACAGAAGGAUCAUGGACACGAUGGAUACAGCAGCAUAUGACCAGGAUUUUCGGCUUUGCGGCACCAAUCUUCUAUGGGAGGGGCAUAUUCCAAUAUAGCUUUGGAUUUCUGCCUUACAGGAAAGAGCUUAAUACAGUUGUUGGUAAGCCUAUUCCUGUGGAGAAGAUGGACACACCCACAUCAGAGGCCAUUGAAGAACUAUGGCACACCUACAUCAAGGCCUUGCAGGAGCUCUUUGAGGAGAAUAAGGUCAAGUAUUGGGUCAGGGGUGACCUCACUCUCCAAGUCAAAUGAGGUCAAAGUUCACAAUAAAUAAUUACCUAAAAACUACAACCUACAGGUCCAAUGAGGUCAAUGAGUUUUUUUUUAAAGGAAUGUAACCCUUUUGAUGAAAGGAGUUUUUUUUUUAAGGAUGACCUAACCCUACAUGUCAAAAGAGGUCAAGGUUCUAGAAAAAUGGGUGACCUUAUCCUGCUGGUCAAAUGAUGUUCAAGCUUUAAACAAUGGGAUUAUCUGUCUGUAUUGUUACCUCAGUUUUUAAGGAUUAUCACUAGGUUUGUAUAGUUCAGAUUAUUUCUCAUGUGUCUUCCAAAAUUAAGACCACUGUAGUGUAAUCCUUAUUUAAAGCUUCUGCAUAUUCGUGUAAUGUAGACCAGGUUUGGGUUACAUUACUUGGCUUGUUGUACUUAGUCUUUGAACUGAUUCACAAUGUUGUACAGUUGUAUGAUGGGUGGGGGUGCAUUUGGGCAGGCAUCUAGGGUAGUUCUAUAAAAAGAAAAAUGCUCUGCCUGUCAGUCACACCCCUCCUCUUCCCACCCUGCCACAUUGAUUUUAAGAUGCCGUUUAACAUCCACAUUUGGUUACGCAAAGUAAAUAAAUUUCAUAAAAUAGGACAAUACCCCUUUUUUCAUAUGAUCAUGAGCAUGGUAUUCAGAUUUCAGAGUAAUGUGCUGAAAAA